CCGCGGCUCCGCGCAGGCGGCGCCCGCGCCUCCGCUCCCUGGCCAGCCCGCGCGCCUGUCCGCCCGCCUGCCGGAGCCGCCUCCCGCCGCCGCCGCCGCCGCCGAAUCGGCGGCGCCGCUGCUCGCCUUCCAGUUCUGCUCCUUGCCGCAAAGCAGCAAGAGAAAGAAAUCAAGGAGCUAUACCUGUCAUUGACUAGACAACCCCACCAGGGUCAAUAGACGGAGUUCCCAGGGAAAAAGCUGCCGGGGAUAAACCACUUUGAACAGCUUUUACCUUACCGCUGACCUGGAAGACUUUGACUCCUGAUUACAAGUCAAACCUUAUUCAUGAAAUGGAACAGAAACUGAAAAAUCAUCUACUUCUUUGUCUGUGAAUUGGAGACACGACUGGGAUGGUCUUAAGCGUAUACAACUAGACUCUAACUGCAGCUAUGAGUUCAGACGAGAAGGGCAUAUCCCCUGCUCAUAAAACAUCCACUCCAACCCACAGAAGUGCCUCUUCUUCGACACCCUCCCAUAGGGAAAGUCGGCAGAGUAUCCACGUCCUGGAGAGGACUGCUUCCUCCAGCACCGAGCCCUCUGUAAGUCGGCAGUUGCUAGAACCGGAGCCGGUCCCCCUCUCCAAGGAAGCUGACAGCUGGGAAAUUAUAGAAGGGCUGAAAAUAGGCCAAACCAAUGUCCAGAGACCAGACAAACAUGAAGGCUUUAUGCUGAAGAAAAGAAAAUGGCCUUUAAAAGGCUGGCACAAGCGGUUUUUUGUCCUGGAUAAUGGGAUGUUAAAGUAUUCCAAGGCACCACUUGAUAUUCAAAAGGGGAAGGUCCAUGGAAGCAUUGAUGUUGGACUCUCGGUCAUGUCAAUUAAAAAGAAAGCUCGGAGAAUAGACCUUGACACAGAAGAGCACAUCUACCAUUUGAAGGUGAAAUCCCAGGACUGGUUUGAUGCGUGGGUCUCCAAAUUGCGUCAUCAUCGAUUGUAUCGGCAGAAUGAAAUUGUCAGAUCACCAAGAGAUGCUAGUUUUCACAUAUUUCCUUCAACCUCCACAGCUGAAUCCUCACCAGCUGCUAAUGUUUCUGUUGUGGAUGGAAAGGUGCAAGCAAACAGCUGUCCAUGGCAGUCCCCUUUACCAUGCAGCAACAGCCUCCCCGCUACCUGCACGACCGGCCAGAGCAAGGUGGCCGCCUGGUUACAGGACUCAGAAGAAAUGGACAGGUGUGCAGAAGACCUUGCACACUGCCAGUCAAACCUUGUGGAACUUAGCAAACUCCUGCAAAAUUUGGAAAUACUUCAGAGAACUCAGUCAGCACCUAACUUUACUGACAUGCAGGCUAACUGUGUAGAUAUUUCAAAGAAAGACAAGCGAGUCACAAGACGAUGGAGAACAAAAAGUGUCAGCAAAGAUACAAAAAUACAACUGCAGGUCCCUUUCAGUGCCACCAUGUCGCCAGUUCGCUUGCAUUCCUCCAACCCCAACCUUUGUGCAGAUAUCGAGUUUCAGACUCCCCCGAGCCACCUCACAGACCCUCUGGAAAGCUCAACGGAUUAUACAAAGCUUCAAGAAGAAUUCUGUCUGAUUGCACAGAAAGUGCAUUCUCUUUUGAAGUCUGCAUUUAAUAGCAUAGCUAUAGAGAAGGAAAAGCUUAAGCAGAUGGUUUCUGAACAGGAUCACAAUACAGGCCAUAGCGCGCAGGUGGCACGGCUCCGACAGUCACUGUCUCAGGCACUCAACCAGAAUGCUGAACUAAGAAGUCGGUUGAACAGAAUACAUUCAGAAUCUAUUAUUUGUGAUCAGGUUGUCAGUGUAAAUAUUAUUCCUAGCCCUGAUGAGGCUGGUGAGCAAAUCCAUGUCAGUCUCCCCCUGUCGCAGCAGGUAGCCAAUGAAAGCCGCCUGUCCAUGUCAGAGUCUGUCUCCGAGUUCUUUGAUGCCCAGGAGGUGCUGCUCUCUGCAAGUUCGUCAGAGAAUGAGGCUUCAGAUGAUGAGUCUUACAUCAGUGAUGUGAGUGACAAUAUAUCUGAAGACAACACCAGUGUUGCAGACAACAUUUCUCGGCAAAUCUUGAACGGAGAGCUCACAGGAGGGGCCUUCCGAAAUGGACGUCGAACAUGCCUGCCAGCUCCCUGUCCUGACACCAGUAAUAUUAACCUGUGGAAUAUCUUGAGGAACAACAUUGGUAAAGACUUGUCUAAAGUCUCCAUGCCUGUGGAGCUGAAUGAGCCACUCAACACGCUGCAGCAUCUCUGUGAGGAGAUCGAAUACAGCGAGCUUCUGGACAAGGCUUCAGAAACUGAUGACCCCUAUGAGCGCAUGGUUCUUAUUGCUGCAUUUGCAGUUUCAGGAUAUUGCUCCACCUAUUUCAGAGCAGGAAGUAAGCCAUUCAACCCUGUCCUUGGGGAGACUUACGAAUGCAUUAGAGAGGACAAGGGAUUCCGAUUUUUCUCAGAACAGGUUAGCCAUCAUCCACCCAUUUCUGCCUGUCACUGUGAAUCCAAGAAUUUUGUGUUUUGGCAAGAUAUCAGAUGGAAAAACAAGUUCUGGGGGAAGUCGAUGGAAAUCCUGCCUGUUGGAACACUGAAUGUCAUGCUUCCCAGGUAUGGAGAUUGCUAUGUAUGGAAUAAAGUCACUACAUGUAUACAUAAUAUUCUCAGUGGGAGGAGGUGGAUAGAGCAUUAUGGAGAAAUAACCAUUAGAAAUACCAAAAGCAGUGUUUGCAUUUGCAAACUCACAUUUGUCAAGGUGAAUUAUUGGAAUUCUAAUGUGAAUGAAGUCCAGGGGGUCGUGAUGGAUCAGGAGGGGAAAGUGGUGCACCGGCUGUUUGGGAAGUGGCAUGAAGGGCUCUACUGUGGUGUGGCCCCUUCCGCCAAGUGCAUCUGGAGACCAGGUUCCAUGCCAACCAACUAUGAGCUCUACUAUGGCUUCACAAGGUUUGCUAUUGAGCUUAAUGAGUUAGAUCCUGUACUGAAAGAUCUCCUUCCACCAACAGACGCCCGAUUCCGGCCAGAUCAGAGGUUUUUGGAAGAAGGAAAUUUAGAAGCUGCGGCAGCAGAGAAGCAAAGAGUAGAGGAGCUGCAGAGAUCACGCAGGCGCUACAUGGAAGAAAACAACCUUGAACACAUACCAAAAUUUUUUAAAAAAGUUAUUGAUGCCAAUCAAAGAGAAGCCUGGGUUUCCAAUGAUACCUACUGGGAGCUGCGAAAGGACCCUGGGUUUAGCAAAGUAGACAGUCCUGUUCUUUGGUAAACUGGGAAUGUAGAGCUAGCCAACAUAUCACGCUCUGAAUGAAUAAAUAACUAUGCACAAUUAUGUUUCCUAGAGCUCCGCGUGGUUUCUGGGUCGACUGAAAACCGACCAUUUGCUUUUCUAUUCAUCUUUAUAAUGGACUUUCAGAAGUGCAUUAGACAAGGCCCCUAACCACUUUUGGAUCCUUUCUGUUUUGCUGCAACCAUAUCCCUUAAGAAACAUCCACGCCCUCCUUGAAAAGCAGAAAAAAAAAAAAAGGAGCAGAAUAUAAAAUCCAAAGUCUGAAGCGUUUAUAAAGAAAACAAACUAACUGGUGCUUACAGCUGAUCCAGAAAGUUAAAAAGCAACAUGACGUAUAAACCACGCGUUUGGUCCUUUGUCUGGAAGCACCAUCCCCUCCUCAAAGAAGCUCCUGGGCCACGGCAGCUGGUCAGCUCAGACUUCGAGUGUGUCUAUUUGAUGUGGUGUACUUGUGCUGACCUUGUCAAAAAAGAUGUGAUAACUUCUCAGAACCUGUUCCAUCUGUACGCCAUUGUUCAUGCCUUAAGAAAUGCAAAGAUGUACAAUAAAUCAUUUUUUAAAUGUGUGCUCAUAGGUUUAUGUGAGGGACAGCUCUUUUGAAUCAUGGCAUGAUUCACUUUCUGGGAUCAGAACAAUUAUGACACUAACACAUGGAUUUUUACAAAGUAAACAACACAGGCUUUACUUUGAUCUCUUGGCUACUGUAUCAUAUAUCCGAAGGGCAAGAAGGAAAAGGUGUGCUCAGUAGAUCUCUGUAUUCACAUUGCUCGUCAAGUUCCUGUCCUGCAACCCGAUAAUAAACCCUCUUCCACCUAA